GUAUUACCCUCCCCAGACCCCACCUUGUGGGACUAUACUGGGUAGUUGUUGUUGUUGUUGUUCUAUACCUUGGUUGAAUUUAUUUCUUAGUGAUCUUUUUGAGCUCAUUCCGUUGCAUGAAUUUCAAGGCAUCAAAACCUUUACCCACUAUAACGAAAGAACCUAUCCAUCAAGAUAAUUCUACUGUUUUAGCGGGUGAAGUUUGUGACUUUACUGUUACAGUAGAUAAAGUUUUGUUUUUAAUGUUAUGUGGAUAAAGUUGUGACUUUAUUAUAAUAGUGGGCAAAGUUCAAUUACUUUAGGUGAAAAAAAAUAGUUUAGUGACUUUACUACUAUAUAGUGGGUAAAGUUCAGUUUCUUUAGUGUUGCAAAAAUCAAUUUUGUGACUUUACAUUAUAUGGAAACGAUUAUUGGCCAUAUGUGGAAUUAACCAAUUUUAUUCUAUAGGAAUCUUAAGUUUUAACUUAUUCCGUUCAAGUGCAUUGAUUUCAAGGCAUCAAUAGGAUUACAAAAUAUAAGUGCAUGUAAUAUAAGAUAAUAUUCACAUCACUAGUGAUGAGACAGCUCUAAAGACUUCUUUUAACCAAUACCUUGAUAUAGGCCUAAGUAUCCAUUCUGUCUCCUUUAUAAGAUCAAUGAAGAAAUACCUCCAUAUAUUAAGUGCUCUGUACAUGUUUGCUGGGAGAGCUUGGAAGCAAACGGAUACAUAUUAAUGUCAAGCUUAGAGCUUUUCCUAUUGAAUGAUUUCAUACUAAUUUGUAUGAAGAUCUCAAGAGUGCAGAUGGAAACCAUGUAUCAUAUUUGACGUACACAUAUCCAGAUUGUGUGAGAUCAGUAUCGUAAUGGAAUAAAUCUUUAUGCGAGGAACCUGACAAUUGGGUUUGGAAUUCACUGCACUAUGUUUUUAUCUAGGAUUGAAAGAAGUAGUUUCUGAUAUGCUGGGGUGGAAGAAACCUUGAGCCUGCAUUUCAGCAGGCAGUGAAAAUCACUGGACGACAACAAUUUACAUUGUAGCCAGUGAAGGUGAUGUAAGUAUGAUAAAUGAGCUAUCAAAGCAUAGAUUGCUGGGAAAUGCUUAACAGCAGUGGCCAAAAUGCUCUUCAUGUUUCCAUAUUGAACAAUCAAGAAAAGGUAGUCGAAUCCUUAUUAAAGUCUAAAAGUGGGAUAGCCUUGUAGAUGAGCCAGAUAAUGAUGGCAACACUCCUCUCCAUUUGCUUGCUGCCUUUAAUUGGCGCUGUGUGCCUGUAAAAUUAAGAGUUCAUCCCAGAUCAAAUUAAGAGGAUGUCAUUUAACAAAGAAAACCAGACUCCACUGGACAUAGCAUUGUCUGGCACAAAGACGACGGCAAACAAGAGAAGAAUCAAAUACAGCUUGGGAUGCAAUUUUAUUGACAUUGAUGGGUGGGGAGGACGUCACUUCCCGAAGAGGACACCGUAUCCAGAGGAUGGAAUGGGUCAACAGAGUGAGAAUUUAGAAGCUAAGGAAUGUGAAAUUAAGUAUCAAUGCCGUAAUGCAGUCAUCUCAAAUAUACCUAGUUGUGGCCACUCUACUAGUUAGUCACCUUUGCAGCUGGCUUUACAUGCCAGGAGGUUUUGAUAGCGAUCCCGUCCCUAAUAAAGGGAUGGCGAUCCCGUCCCUAAUAAAGGGAUGGCGAUCCUAAUAAGGAAAGCAGAAUUCCAUGCAUUUGUUGUUACGGAUGUCAUUGCCUUUGCAUGCUCUGCUAGUGCUGUAUUCAGCUACUUUGUCAUGGCAACAAAAUUUCAACCAGCGUCCCAGCAGGAUUUGGCAGUUCUAUUGUACCUUAAUAGUGUCGCUGCUCGUUUGCAGCUUCUGGCAAUGGUAGCAGUUGUAAUUGCAUCUGUAACUGGUGUUUGUGCUAAUUUAGCACAUUCAGUUGGUCUCACCAUUAUUGUCUGUCAGUUGCAUCUCUUUCCUUUGGUGCUACAGGUUGUGCAUCUCAUUAGGAAACCGCAAAGGAACAUAUAAGAACAUGAGUAGGGAGACAUGAAUGCAUCUCUUUCCUUAUGUACAUUGCUUUAGUUUCGCUCAUGUUGACAUCAUGAUUCAGUGGUGGAUGUCCCCCUGCCGUGCACUUUACACUGCUCAUGUGAAGUCCCUCUGGCAAGAUUUCAGUGAGGAAUUUCCAGCGAGAAAUUCCAUGGCUGACUGACAAACCCUAGACAGCCAAAGAAAAAAACAAUUCUCUUGAAGAAACAAGAAGAGAAGAUCCUGAAAACAAUAGAGAAGAUGAAACGGUGUUGUUAAAAUGCAAUAAUGGUGGGAGUCCUUUUCGGAGCAUUUUGUUGGAUUUGUGAGGAGCAUAUGUUGGGUAUGGUGAAAUGGGGGUCUCGAAGAGCAAUGAAGGCAUCCACGAGUUACUCGAAAAAGCAAAAGGCUCGCCAAUGAGCGCCAUCAUAUAUUUUGGUAAGCUUUAUCUGUAGCUAAUUUGGGUUACGUAAGCUCUUCAGUUUCAUAAACACUUGUCAUCCACGUUGAGAUUCUUUCAAUAUUAACUAGUAUAAGGUUUCAUGAAAGGAAAUUAAGAGCAAAACCCAAACAACAAAGCAAAUCCCAGAAUCUAUUUAAUUUAAUUCCUAUAUAAUGUUUCAUCCAGAGAAAGCAAAGUACUAACAAGAUCAUAAUUUGAGUGAUUUUGGACAAAUCCCCAAAUAAAGAAAAAGGAUCCAACCUUGUACAAUUUUGCAUUGGAAAGCAUUUCCGGAGAUGGCGGUUUUCUACGUGCAGAUCACCUGAAAAGGGAUGAAUUAGAAAAUGGAUACCAAGUCACUCAAAAGGGAAACAUGUCCCUCUACAUCGCAGCCCUCUACGGCCAAUUGGGUUUCGUGAGAGAAGUCCUUAAGAUUACUCCAGCAUUGUUAUGCGGUCCGAACAAGAAAAAAGAAACUGCACUUCACUUAGCAGCUAAUAAAGGGCAAAGCGAAGUAGCCCAUAUGCGACUUAGCAUAGCUGGAGAGGGGAAUAUGAAGACACGAUCAUGAGGAUGAUGACUGAUGACAAUGGAGAUACUACCCUGCACAAGGCCGUGAGGAGUGGACAUGUUGAUGUUUUCAUUGUAUCUGGCGGACGAGUCUGAUUUUAUUAUUCUGCAUAUAGUCUGGGAAAUCUGCAACAAACCAAAAACCAACUUACGAAGGUCCAUGUCAUCGAACGCCUUUUUAUGCAGGUACGUAAUUGUUGUUACUCACUGUAUUAACAUCUAAUAUCAGUAGUUAAUUUAAUUUGAUGUGCCCAUAAUAUAAUAUCGUCUACUUAAAUUAAUUGACUUUUAUGUCCAUUUAAAUACAUGGCCUGACCCACUUCUUUAAUUUGAGCAUUGCCUUGAUCACUGGUCCUGAUACAUGUGAGCUUCACUUAUUUCUUUUUGAUGCAGUCUCAAACACAAUGGAAUCUUAUCAAUGUGCUUUGCCUUUUUUGUUUUUGAACUUGUAAACAGUGAAAAGCAAGAGACCAUCACCAUCAGUUGUUUCUUAAACACCAAAGUGAAUGUCACGUCUCUCAAAGAAAAGGCAAAGCCAGUUGUACCUUUUUGAUUAACUGGACAAGAAGAGAAAUAAUUUAAGCAAUUUAGCUUUAAAUUCUCUUACUUCCAGUAAUAUAUUUUAAUUUAACAAAUCAGUAAUUAGUCAAUAUGUAUUAAUUAAAUUAAGAUGUGUGUGAUUUUAUGAUUUUAAAACAAAUCAAACCAAUUGGGUAGCAUGAAUGAGGGAGGUUUGUGCUGAAUACUUAAUAUUCAACAAUUAAGCGCACAAAAGUGUAGUUCUGGAAUAGAGUACAAAUUUUAUCAUCUGAACCAGCAUUGUUACAGAAAAACAACAGGUUAGUGUUACAAGGAUACACUUGGAGGGAGGUUUUUGAAAUUAUCCCUACAUUUUUUUAUUUGUUUUUGGAAAAAUAGAAAUUAAUGUAAAACUUGAUUUUUCAGAUUUAUCUGGACUUCAUAAAAAUAUUUUUCUUGUUCUAUUAUUUUCUUAUUUAAUUACUCAGUCUUGUUUGUGUUGAAAAAAGAGAAUCAUGGGACGAAGUAAAUCUUAAGAUAUAAGUAAUAUUUUGGUUUUAUGAGAUUUAGUAGUAAAAAACCGUUUUUAUUCAUGUUGAUAUUCUUUAAACUUUGACUAAUAAUUAAAAGGCAAAAGAAGAAACAGCAAAGAUAAACAACAAAUUCCUUUCUUCUGAUCAAGGCAAACAACAAAUCCCUUUCUUUUGAUCAAAGGCAAAGAUCAGUGGUGUUCAGAAUAUUUCUAUAUAAUGUUUCAUCCAGAGAAAGCAAAGGACUGACAACAUAAUUCAGGAGAUUUUGGACAAAUUCGCUAAUAAUUAAAGAAAAAAAAUGGAUCCAACCUUGUAUAGUGCUGCGGUAGAAGGCAAUACCAGAGAUGGCAAAUUUUUACUUGCUGAUCAUCUGAAAAGGGAUGAAUUAGAAAAUGGGUAUCAAGUCACUCCAAAGGGCAACACAGUCCUCCACGUGGCAUCCCUCUAUGGCCAUUCCCAUUUCGUGGGAGAAGUCCUUAAGAUUACUCCGGCAUUGUUAUGUCAUCAGAACAAGAAAAAUGAGACUGCACUUCACAUAGCAGCUAAUGAAGGGCAUAGUGAAGUAGUUCGUACGCUACUUAGUAUAGCUGGAGAGGAGAAUAAGGAGAUACUCAUGAGGAUGACAGAUGACAAUGGAGAUACAGCCCUGCACAAGGCCGUGCGUAGCCGACAUCAAGAUGUAGCCAGACUUUUGGUUAAAGAAGAUCCUGAAUUCGAAUAUCCGUCCAACAAGGCCGGCGAGACACCACUGUAUCUGGCGGCAGAGUCUGGUCUUCGUGAUGCUUUGGUUGAUAUCUUGGUAUCCUGCAAUAAACCAACUUUAGCUGCAGGUCCAUUAAAUCGAACACCUCUGCAUGCAGCAGUAAUUCAUGAACACACGGAUUGCGCGAGAUUACUAUGGCAAUGGAAUAAAUCUUUAUGUGAGGAAGCUGACGUGAGUGGUUGGAAUUCGCUGCACUAUGCUGUUUAUCUAGGAUUGAAAGAAGUAGUUUCUGAUAUGCUGGAGUGGAAGAAAUCCUUAGCGUACCUUCCAGCAGGCAGUGAAAAUCGCUGGACGACAACAUUUCACAUUGCAGCCAGUGCAGGUGAUGAAAACAUGAUAAAUGAGUUAUUAAAGUACUGCCCUGAUUGCUGGGAAAUGCUUGACAGCAGAGACCAAAAUGCUCUUCAUAUUGCCAUAUUCAACAAUCAAUACAUGUUAGUUAAUUCCUUAUUGAAGUCCACGAAGUGGGAUAGCCUUGCUGACGAUGCAGAUAAUGAUGGCAACACUCCUCUCCAUUUGCUUGCCGCCUCUAUUUAUUGGGCCCAUGUGCCUGUGAAAUUAAGAGAAAAUCCCAGAGCAAAGAAGAUGUCAUUUAACAAAGAGAACCAGACUCCGCUUGACGUAGCAUUGUCUUGCAUAAAGAGGACGACAAACAAGGAAACUAUCAGUGACAGCUUGUAUCGCGAUUUUGCUAACAUUGGUCGAUUGGGAGGACGUGAGACUCCGGUGAACACACCGGAUGAAAUUGAUCUACAGAGGGAGAAUUUGAAGCAUGCUAAGGAACGUGAAACAGAAAUCAAAGGCAUCAUGUCGGCAGCUCAAAUACAUCUAGUUGUGGCCACUCUACUAGUUACAGUCACCUUUGCCGCUGGUUUCACAUUGCCAGGAGGUUUUGACGGCGAUUCCAAUAGCCCUAAUAAAGGAAUGGCGAUUCUAACAAGAAAAGCAGCGUUCCGCGUAUUUGUUAUUACGGAUGUCAUUGCCUUUGCAUGCUCAGCUGGUGCUAUAUUCAGCUACUUCAUCAUGGCAAUAAAUCAUCGACCAACGUCCUAUCAGGAUUUGAGAAUUCUGUGGGCUCUCAGUAGAGUCGCAAGUCUGUUGCAGCUUCUGGCAAUGUUAGCAGUGGUAAUUGCAUUUGUAACUGGUAUAUAUGCGACUUUAGCACAUUCACUGGGUCUCGCCAUUACUGUAUGUACCAUCGGUUGCCUCUCUUUUCUUUUGUACAUGUUUGUAAUGUAUGUUGUUGGAAGAGAAGUUGCUUGAGAAAUAGAAAGAAACAUAAAUGCAUCAGUAUGGCCGAGUAAUAGUACUGCAGUCUGCAUGCAUCGAUCAGUAUUUGUUUAACAGAGUGUUCAGUUCAGCAUCUCUCUUUUUGCUUUA